UUGGAUAGGUAUAUACGAGAAAAGAUAGUCUUGCAUAUAACUGGACUCCUAGCCAUUUAGGACUUUGAAUAUUAAUGCCAGCACUUGAAUUUGGGCCCAAAAAUGGACUCACAGCCAGUGCAGAUAGUAAAAUACUGGCCUAAUAAGUUUAUCAUAUUAGGCAGUUCCUGCUAGGAAUCACAGUGCCCUGUGUUGGACAGCUGUAGAUGCCAAACUAUUUUCAAAAGUAGCCUUACAUAUAACUGUUUCAGUCAUUCAGACAAGGGGUUCACUAAGCAAGCAAUCUUACAUCUGUGUAAAUAGUAGCCACAUGCAGCUCUUUGAGUUCAUUUUGUGCCUUACCACUGUGGGUGCCAACCUGGUAUCACUGCCUGUGAGCACCCACUUGCAGCUUUCAAACACCUUGACGUUUACCAUUUGUGGCUCUUCUGUUAAGCAGGUCUGGCCAUCCCUGUAAUAUAUUCAAGUGUGCCUGUUGUGAUCCAGUAUAACAUAUUAAGCAGUUGUGAAUGGGUAUGUUAACAGUCAGUGAGUUUCCAUGUUGGCCAAAGACUAGCUUGUUUUAAGAAAGGAAUCUUAAUACAAGGCAGUACAAUUUAACUGACUGAAGAGUUAGUGUGGUGGUUAGAGUGUUGGACUGAGGCUUGGGAAGGUCAUGUUCUAACCCACUCUUGGCUAUGAAGCUCACUGGGUGACUUUGGAUAAUUCACUCACUCUCAGCCAAUCCACCUCAUAGACUUGUUGUGAAGGUAAAGUACAGAGUUGGAGAACCUUAUAAGCUACUUUGAGUCCUUGCAAGAGGAAGAAAGGUGUAAUACAAGAAGAGAGGAAGAGAGAGGAAGAAAGAAAUGUAAUACAAUGGUGGUGCUGGUGAUGGUUAGAUAUGUAUUUUGGAAACCUAUAUGAAACGAACCACAACAAUGAAAGUGUGGUCUUUACAAAGCCAAAGUACACAAGCUUGGAAUUAUUUUAAUGGUACAGAGCUCUCUCAAGUUCCCUGGAAGAAGAAAUGAUUUAACAAAUAGGAUGAUUGUCUCGUAAAGGUGUGGUAUAACACUGAUAGUUGGAAAUCAGCAGUUGGAUCUCAAAUUGCAACACCUGAAACAACCUCACAGGAAGUGGGUUUCUCAUUUAUUUACUUAGUUCAUCCUCGAUCUGUGAAUGGGUUUUCAUGGCGAAAAACAAGCAACUACAUGCCACGCGGUGCUGUUUGUAAUGUACUGUUGACAUGCUGCAAAGAUAAUAUCUGCCGUCUCUGGGCUGAGACUUUGUUGCCCAAUGAUAGUUUGCUGUAUGGAGGUGGAUACAGCCAUUUGCCUGAACCAGUGAAGUUAACUAAUAACUUUAAAAGGAAUGCUUCAAGUAAAGAAAGCAUGAAAAAUGUUUUGGAGUUAAAUCUAAAGCCCUUUCGACGGGGAAGAAGAAGAUCAAUAGCACUUGCACAUACUGGAUACUUGCCACAUCAGCAAGAUCCUCAUGAAGUUCAUCGAAACACUCCACUGCAAUCAAAUGCACUAUGUCACUUUCAUAUUGCUGCCAGCAUCAAUCCAACCACAGACAUUCCUCUUCUCCCUUCCAUCAUGUCUCUGAGUCUCAAUGAAAAUGAAGAAAAAAGUGGGCCUUUUGUAGUACACUGGUUAAAUAAUAAAGAAUUGCAUUUUACCCUAUCAAUGGAAGUCUUUUUACAACAACUUAAAAAGAAUUUUGAGCAUAUUUCUUCAGAAACCAGCACUGAAGAAACUAAUCAGAUGGAUAUAAAAGCUGAUGAAGAAACGGAUGAUAAUAGAGAAGAUCAGAAAGGAUAUCAAGAACAGAGAGAACUUACUGAUGAAAAAGCAGUUCCAAAUCCAAGCUGUGUUCUCAUGUCUUCUUCUGUUAUUGAUCAUGAGAUUGAAGUACAGCUUUCUGAAUGGAAUAAAAAUGCAGACAUGUUGUUUAGUAUUCAUCCUAUGGAUGGGUCUUUGCUAGUAUGGCAUGUUGAUUGGCUAGAUGAAUACCAGCCAGGCAUGUUUCGCCAAGUACAGGUAUCAUUUGUUUCAAGGAUCCCUGUAGCCUUUCCUACUGGUGAUGCAAAUUCACUUUGCAGAAGUAUAGUGAUGUACGCUUGUACCAAGAAUGUUGAUCUUGCUCUUCAACAAGGCAAACAAAAAACAUCUAGCCUUGGUCAUUCAUCCUCUAUGUUAAUCUCUUCAGGCCAUAAUAAAUCAUCGAACAGCUUAAAAUUAAGCAUCUUUACUCCAAAUGUUAUGAUGAUUUCCAAACAUGCAGAUGGGUCUCUAAACCAAUGGCUAGUCAGUUUUGCCGAGGAAUCUGCUUUUUCAAUUGUGCUCAGUAUUUCCCACAAAUCACGAUACUGUGGACAUCGGUUCCAUCUUAAUGACUUGGCUUGUCAUUCAGUACUUCCAUUGCUACUGACAACCUCUCAUCAUAAUGCAAUACGGACACCGGUAGUGGAUAGCAGCAAAGAGGCAUCCUCAAAGCUUCACAAAGGCACUGCAAGUACAUCGCAAGAUCUCAAUACUGUUUACAGUGAACUUAUCCUCUGGAGAGUUGAUCCGGUUGGGCCACUGUCUUUUUCUGGUGGAGUUUCUGAACUUGCACGAAUAAAUUCUCUUCAUGUAUCGGCUUUUUCAAAUGUGGCAUGGCUCCCUACCCUUAUACCUAGUUUCUGUUUAGGUGCAUAUUGUAACUCACCAAGUGCUUGCUUUGUUGCAAGUGACGGCCAGCAUUUGAGACUGUAUCAAGCUAUAACAGAUGCCAAAAAGCUUCUCGGUGAACUAUCAAAUCCAGGAAUUUCUAAAUACGUUGGGGAAGUUUUCAACAUUAUAAGUCAACAAUCUACAGCUAGACCAGGAUGCAUUGUAGAGUUGGAUUCCAUUACAGAACUGCAUGGUGGGAAAAUGCAGUUACUUCAUGUUUUUCAAGAAGAAUUCAUUUUGAAUAAUCCUGAGAAUAGACUAUCUGAAAAAAAGACUUUGUUACCUGACUCUGGAUAUCAGAAAAAUGGAUAUUCUGAAAAAUUCUAUUUAAUUGUAAUCGAAUAUAUUCAAAACUGCUCAUUAUUACAUAUGUGGAAAUUACAUUUGAAGUCCAUGCCCGUCUCAGUGGAUGAAAACAUUGAUUUGAAGGCAUCAGAAGCAGCAUCACAAGAAGAGCUUUAUUCUUCUCCAGAUCAAGAGAAACGCCAGUGUUCUUUUACAAAGAAAUAUCAAGCAUGCAGAGAGAACCUUCAAAGUACCAGCCAACUUUCUCUUUCUUCUGAAAUUGUCUAUAGUCAAGAAAUGAAUUUACCAGAAGGAGUGGCGAUAAUAAGCAUUAAGCCAUCAGCAGGUCAUUUGAGUUCUUCUUCCAUUUAUCCAGUAUGCCAUGCUCCUUAUCUUCUUGCAACUUUAUGUUCAGAUGGUAAGGUUAGGUUUUGGAGGUGUAGAAUGGCACUGGAGCCAGAUGUGGCUUCUGUACCAGAGGGCACUACAAACGGCGGUAUGUAUAUAUGGGAAGAAUGGCCAUUACUUAUAGAAGAUGGACUUCUCACUAGUAGUGCUCUUAAUGUGCCGGGCAUGCCUCUUGAAAUUAGCUGUGCACAUACAAAUCGUUUAGCUGUGGCAUACAAGCGAGCACCAUCCAAAAGCUGCAAUCCUUCUCAAGACUUUUUGGUGAAUGUUGGCAUUUUUGAAUGUGAAUCUACGGGCGGCUCUUGUUGGAUCUUGGAACAAACACUUCAUUUAGACGAACUAAACCUAACAUUGGACUCUUUGCUUGUUGACAGCAGUUUGGCAGUAGAUGGGAAUGAGAGUUUAACAUUAAGAAUAAAGCAUUUGGUUCACUUAGACUGGAUGUCUAGGGAAGAUGGCUCACAUAUCUUAACAGUAGGUAUUGGGUCAAAGCUUUAUAUGUUUGGUCAGCUUGCUGGGAAAGUGCAAGAACAAAGUGGUAAGGAGAUGUUUGUACUGCCAGUGUGGGAAAAUGCUAAAAUUUCAUGUACAUCUAGAUUUAUAUUGUUACGAUGUGUAGAUUUAGUUUCAUCAGUGGAAGGCUCACCCCCUUUGCCUAUCUCCUUAUCCUGGGUUCGUGAUGGCAUCCUCGUUGUUGGGAUGGACUGUGAAAUGCAUGUUUAUUCUCAGUGGCAGCCCCUUUCAAAGCAAGAGCCCAUUGCUGUAGACUCCUGCAGUGGGAGUACACCAUCCAUAAUAAGCUUAAUGAAACACAGCCAGUCAUCUGGUGCUCAUCCUCCAAAGCGAACAUUAACCAGAUCCAUGACAAGUCUUGCUCAGAAACUUAGUGGGAAACGAACUGCAUUUGAUCUAUCACUGGAGAUGGAAGAUUCGGGUCUCUUUGAAGCAGCUCAUUCCUUAUGUCCUACUUUACCACAGUACCAUCCUCUGCAACUUCUGGAACUAAUGGAUCUAGGAAAAGUGCGUAGAGCAAAAGCCAUUCUGUCUCACCUUGUUAAAUGCAUAGCCGGAGAGGUUAUUGCUAUAAAUGAACCUGACCAUGAAAAGCGGUACCGAUCUCUCUCAAUCUGUGCUAGUGGGAGCAGUACACGAGACCCUAUGACAUUCAGCAGAUGCACAAUCGCAGACUAUACAGAAAUAGACUCUGUUCCACCACUUCCUUUAUACGCACUCCUUGCUGCAGAUGAGGAAUGUUCAUAUGCUUGUACAGAAAAGUCCAAUAACCAAAGAAACCUUAAGAAAUGUGAUGUAACCGAUGAAAAUUAUGAGGACCUUUUUCAGAAUUCCACCCUACCUUCAGAUGAUCUGACUAUGUUUGAAGUAGAUGAAGAAGAUAAAAAGCCAAAAGUUAUUGAUCUGUCUCAGUACAGCCCGACGUAUUUUGGACCGGAGCAUGCCCAAGUUCUCUCUCAUCACUUGCUUCACUCUAGCUUGCCAGGUCUUACCAGGAUGGAGCAGAUGUCAUUGAUGGCCUUAGUUGAUACAAUUGCCAUUACCAGCACUGAUAUAGGAGAAAGCAGAGACAGAAGCAAGGGAGGAGAAACACUUGAUGAAUGUGGUUUAAAAUUUCUUCUGGCUGUACGCCUUCACACAUUCAUGACGACUGCACUGCCACCUGCUCAGAAAGCACAGCUACUUCAUCAAGGUUUGUCUUCUAGUCAUUUUGCCUGGGCAUUUCAUUCAGUAGCUGAGGAACAACUGUUAAGCAUGCUUCCUGCAAUGCAAAAAGCUGAUCCAACAUGGUCAGAACUCAGAGCAAUGGGUGUAGGAUGGUGGGUUCGAAACACCCAUAGCUUACGCAGGUGCAUUGAAAAGGUCGCUAAAGCCGCUUUUCAAAGAAACAACGACCCAUUAGAUGCAGCAAUUUUUUACCUUGCAAUGAAAAAGAAGGCUGUGAUUUGGGGAUUAUACAGGUCCCUUAACAAUACUAAGAUGACAGAGUUCUUUGGACACAAUUUUACUGAAGACAGGUGGCGCAAAGCAGCACUGAAGAAUGCCUUUUCUUUACUAGGCAAACAGCGUUUUGAACAUUCUGCAGCAUUUUUCUUGUUGGCUGGUCACCUAAAGGAUGCAGUUGAGGUGUGCCUAGAAAAACUAAACGAUAUUCAGCUGGCUCUUGUAAUAGCAAGACUUUAUGAGCCAGAGUUUGAAAUAUCUGGGACUUACAAAUCAAUUCUACAGAAGAGAAUUAUUGGAAGUAGACCACAUUCCACUGGAAGUCCAUCAAAUACACAUGCUGAUCCUUUUCUCCGAAGUAUGGCUUAUUGGAUUUUGGAGGAUUAUAGCCAUGCUCUUGAUACUCUUAUAAGCCAACCCAUUUUGGAUGAGGAAGAUGAAGGAGGUAUCUCAAACUGUAACCCUUCAGUCUUUAAUUUUUACAAUUAUCUAAGGACACAUCCUCUCUUGUUGAGACGUCAUUUUGGGUCCUCUGAGUUAACUUCCACAAAGAUUUGUGUAACAGGAGAAAAUGGACUGGCUGAUGAAAUCAAUUUGGGAGAAAGAAGAUUGUUCUUUACUACAGCAUAUGCACACCUAAAGGCUGGCUGUCCCAUGUUGGCUUUGGAAGUGCUAUCAAAGAUGCCUAAAGUAGUCAAGAGGUCAAAGACUUUAGGAAGAUCACCUAGUUUAAGGGAUACUAGCAAAGUCUGUUCACCUUCUUCUCCAAUACCAGUGGAAUUAAAAGAUGACAAAUCUAGCAGCAUUGACUGGUCACAACCAGUAGUAAAUGGUUUAGGAUCAUCUUCAGAUGCAUCAUCAGACAAAAAUUCAAACUCUGCUCUUUCAUUUGAUUGGAGUCAACCAACAAUGGUUUUUCAGGAUGAACCUUUGGAGCUGAAGUGGGACAGUGACAAAGAUGAAGAAAAUGAAGACUCUUGCCUUGUAAUGAAGCCAUUACAAAAAAUAGCGAGUGACAAACCAAAUGAAGUUAGUUCUAGCUAUACAGAAACCUACAGUUCAGGUGUUGAAAAUGAUGUUUUAACAUUAGCAGAAGACAUAAUUUCUGCACAGCUGAAAUUUAGGGCAUGUUUGAAGAUUCUUACAAUGGAGCUCCGUACACUAUCCACUGGCUAUGAAGUAGAUGGUGGAAAAUUAAGGUACCAGCUGUAUCAUUGGCUUGAAAGAGAAGUGGUAGCUCUUCAAAAAACUUGUGACUAUAGUGUUGAAGCAGAAGAUAUAGAGUCAGGAAUUAGCUCAGCAGUGGAUGAGGCCUCCUUAAAUGAAAUGACUGAAGAUCUGUUGGACACACGACAAAGAGAACACUUUCAAAGAAGGCAGUGGCUUAUAAAGUAUCAGUCACUUUUGCGAAUGUUUUUGAGUUAUUGUAUCCUCCAUGGAUCUCAUGGUGGAGGCUUGGCAUCUGUAAGGAUGGAACUGAUUUUGCUUCUGCAAGAAUCUCAACAGGAACUUUCAAAGCAGUUGCCUAUUAAUACUGUAUCUGAGCAGAGCUCAAUACCACUUCUCUUUGCCUGUACUGCAAGUGCCAAAACCGUGGUGGCCAAUCCAUUACUGCAUCUUAGUAAUCUAACACACGACAUACUACAUGCAAUAGUAAACCUUGAUUCACCACCCCAUCCAGAAAUACAAAAUAAUAAGAUACAUGUAAUGCAUACUUUAGCAGCAUCUCUGUCAGCUUGCAUAUACCAGUCUCUCUGUGGAGGUCAUAAUUGCAGUUCAUUACAAGCAAAUCAAUUUACUGGGACCAUUUAUCAGACAUUGCUGCUCUCGACCCGACAUUCGCUAAGAACAGCAAGCUCCGAUGAAACAGUAACACCCAAUACUGCACCAGCUCAGUGGCCAGGAGUAGUGGCUUUUAUACAAUUACUGAAUCAUGCCGGGGAAGAAGCUCAAUCUGGAAUCACAGUUUUGUUGUGUGAAAUUCUGACAGCAGUCUACCUUAGUCUCUUCAUCCAUGGCCUAGCAAUGCAUUCCAGCAAUGAGCUGUACAGAAUUGUGGCCCAUCCUCUUAAUGACAAAAUGUGGUUUGCUGUGUUUGGUGGAGGAGCGAAGAUUCCCAAGAAAGGACAAGUUCAACAAACACCAAAGAUGGGUAGGCACUUCCCUAUGCCUAGCCCGCACCAGGUAGUAGUAUUCUCCAUGGAAUGUGUGGGGUUUACCAAAUCUCUAACAGCCAUCAGUACUCAUAGUCCUACCAAACCUGCAGCCUCUUCUCCUGUAGAUGAUUCUGAGAAGCAACAUAAACGAUUUAGACUGUCAUCAAAAUCAUCUCCAAAAGAGAAUUUGCAGACUACUUCACCCUCAAUAGAGCAAGACUCUUCAAAUUACAAGGAGAAAUUUAUUCCUCCUGAACUUAGUAUCUGGGACUACUUCAUAGCAAAGCCAUUUCUUCCAUCAUCACAAACUAGAUUUGAAUAUGAUUCAGAAGAAAGUCAGGAAAGCAGUGAUGAAGAAGACGAUGGAGCUUUCUCAUCAGACCUGAAGCUGCAGGAGCAUUCAAAUUCAAAUUCAUAUAGUUGGUUGCUGAUGCGGCUGGCUAUGGUUCAACUGGUUCUUCGUAACUUGAAGACAUUCUACCCUUUGGCUGGGCAUGAUCUCUCAGAGCUUCCAGUUAGCUCUCCACUGUGUCAUGCAGUUCUGAAGCUGCUUCAGCGCUGGGAACAAGUUCUUCUUAGACGACUUGAAAUGCAUGGUGGCCCACCAGACAAUUUCAUUUCUAUUCAUACUUCACAAGAUGUAUCUUCUUCAGGUCCUGCACUACUUCGUCACAAAGCCCUCUUAGAACCAACAAAUACCCCUUUCAGUUCUAAAAGUAAUAAUGCAUUGUCUGUGAAGAGACUUUGGCAGUAUCUCAUAAAACAAGAAAUGGUCCAAGAAACCUUCAUCAGAAACAUAUUUACAAAGAAGAGAUGCUUUAAUGAGUCAUUAGAAGACCAAAAUGAAAAUAUCAAAAGUACUUCAGUGGAAGAAUCUGGAACCAAUAAGAUAGAGACUGACAUGGGAUACCCUGGAAAUAAAGCAAGGAUUAUCCAUAAAGAGUCUGACAUUAUUACUGCAUUUGCUGUUAACAAGGCCAACAGGAAUUGCAUUGCAAUAGCUUCAAGUCAUGACAUUCAAGAACUAGAUGUUUCUGGGAUUCUAGCUACACAAAUCUACACUUGGGUUGAUGAAGAUUUAGAAGUGGAAGCUAAAGGAGCUGAUGACUUCUUAGUUAUACAUGCUCAUGAUGACUUGGGAAAUAUGCAGGGAACUACGCCCUAUACUCACAGCAAUCCUGGUACACCAAUCAACGUGCCCUGGCUUGGUGGUACACAGACUGGCAGAGGUGCCGCUGUGGAAUAUUCCAAUAAAUUUAAUGGAAUCAGAAAGGAAUUGACAAGAAAAGAGAUGAUCAAGAAGACUAUCAAUAAUGUCCGCAGAAUGGCUUCCCACCCAACAUUACCUUAUUACUUGACAGGUGCUCAGGAUGGCAGUGUAAGAAUGUUUGAGUGGGGACAUUCUCAGCAAAUAGCAUGUUUUCGGUCUGGUGGCAACUCCAGGAUUACAAGGAUGAGAUUCAAUUAUCAAGGCAAUAAGUUUGGAAUUGUUGAUGGAGAUGGAUAUAUAAGUCUGUAUCAGACAAAUUGGAAAAGCUGCCUACAAAAUGGGAGCACACCCAGACCGUACCUGACAUGGCAGUGCCAUAACAAAACAGCCAGUGAUUUUGUUUUCAUCAGUUCUUCAUCUUUGAUAGCCACAGCUGGUCAGUCCACUGAUAACAGAAAUAUUUGUCUGUGGGAUACUUUGGUUGCAUCUUCCAGUAGUUUAAUUCAUGCCUUUACUUGUCAUGAUACUGGAGCAACUGUCCUAGCAUAUGCCCCCAAACAUCAGUUACUAAUAUCAGGUGGCAGAAAAGGUUACACAUGUUUAAUAGAUCUUCACCAAAAGCAGCAACAGCGUUUUUUCCAGAGUCAUGAUUCUGCAGUUAAAGCAAUUGCUGUGGAUCCCACAGAAGAAUAUUUUGUUACGGGAUCUGCAGAAGGAAAUAUAAAGGUAUGGACUUUGCCUUCCUGCAAACUUCUUCAUACUUUCAUCAAUGAACAUUCUCGACAGUCUAUUUUUAGAAAUCUUGGAACCGGUGUCAUGCAAAUUGAAACAGGACCAGCAAACCAAAUAUUCUCUUGUGGAGCAGAUGGGACAGUAAAGAUGAGAAUUUUGCCUGAUCGAUACAACUCAUUGAGCGAAGUGUCAAAAACUGGUGUCAAACUCAUGCUUUAAAGCAGUGUUAAUACUGGAAAAUAUUUUACAAAUAGCUAACAAGUGUAAAGUAUGUUGAUGAUUGUACAGAUAGUACCACAGUAACAUUUUCUGAUGUUUAUAUUUAUUUCUUGGAGCUUUAGUCCUUGAUGCACUGAUGCCUUAAAGAUUAAUAAGUUCCUUCUGAUUUUGCUUAAAAACAAUCUGAGAUGAUUCAGUAAAUAUUUAUAAUAUGUAUGUUGCUGAAGUGUUCUGUGUUUUUAAUUUUGGUAGUGCCUCAUCCCAUGUAGGUGAGCAUGGUCUUUCUCAUUUGUACUCUAAAGACCAUUCCAUAAGGAAGCCUUAUGCUGUCACCUUGCUUAGCCUAAUAAACAGAACUGUCUGUUGCCAAAUUCCUAGCUAGCUAUGAAUAUGGAUUGUACUUGUGUAAAAUAUGCAAAAUCACCAUAAGCAGAUACCUAGACUGUACUGGCACUUUCAGUAGGAAAGCAUUCUAAUAGUGAACUACCAUUAAUAAUCGACUCCUGGGAUCUAAGUUGAUCAUUGUUGCAGUUUGAACCCUUCCUACAGUGUGAAGAACUGAAGGAAAAACUGUUUUGGAACUUUCCAUGUUCGAAUAACUGCUAUCAGGAUGGCAGUCUUGUCCUUAAACCAAGAGAUAUACAGAAUAUAUAUAUUUUUAUCAGAGUCCUGUUUAAAAAUAUGCAAAUAUGUGUGAAUAUCUCCCUCAUAAAACUGUUUUAAGAAUGAUACUAAAAUUUAAUACAUGAAGCUUUAGUGCUGAUGAAUGAAGUAUAGGAAUGUGUUAUAUAGGAUAUUGAAUGAGAAUCUUUCAUUUACAAAAUUCUGUAUGUUUAAAGUAUCAGUAAUUUAAGAGAAAGUAGACAAAUAAUGCUAUUUACUCUUUCUGGUGAAGUUGUUUUCAUUUAGCCCAAAGAUGCUGACUUUUCCAGCACCUAGAACAUAGCAUUUAGCUUUGUAAUAAUCUUUCUGAGGCAAACAAAAAUGUUGCAAAAGAAAAUUACUAUUCUAAUGUACAAAAUAUAGUAUAGAUUUGUAACUUUAAAAAGCAAAACUAUCUUGAAGUAAGAGGUUGAAGUUUCUUUUUGCCAAAAUGUAAAAAAUAGUAUACAGUAACUGUUUUGACCAAAAUAUAAAAAUGCACAAAGCCUUCAGCAUUUUCUAUGUGCUAAAAAAACCAUGUAACCUAUCUGUUUUGAGUUACUCUUUUACUUUAGACGUGUAGAAUGCUUGAAGUAAAUGUAAAAUUAGGUAAGAGACUGGUUAUUCAAAUGCAAGUCACACAAUUUUUGCUAAAAUAUUUUGUGAAAAAAACAGUAUCAGUACAAUUUUAUGUAAAACAAAUUUGUCUGGGAAUGAAUGCUGUAAAUAAAACAAAAAUGAAGGGCUUGUAUACGUAAUUUUGUAAUAUUCUCAGGAGAUUUAAAUAACAUUUUGUAAGUUUUAUACAAUGUAAUUUUAGCAGAUCUAUGUGCAAACACUAGUUAGAAGAGUGUUCUUUUUAAGAACUUAACCUGGAUUUAAGUUUGUGCAAUAACAUAUGUUAAUAUUGUAGAGAAGAAAUGCAGAGCAAUCUUUUAAAGAGCUAUAGCAGUUAAGUGGAUUUGUAUGUUCCUCUGCAUUGUGUGUAAAUUAAUUGAUAUUAUAUUGAUCUUAGCCAAAAGGCUAAAGGUGCAAUACUUUGCAUGUAUAAACUGAAAAAAAUCCCUAGGAAAUGCUAGAGGUCGUAUGAUUUUUUUCUGUCUAAAUGUGCACAGGUUUGUGUGCUAAAUCUUCUAAAUCACAGUGAUAGUGGCACAGCUACUCACUGUAAGCUAUUCGACGUUUAAAUUUAUUCUUAGUCAUAUGUCUGGAAGGCAUAUGUUUAAUAACCUAAUCCUGAGUCAUGUUAACAUCAGUAAAUAUGUGCUUUGAGUGGCAUGUGACCAUUGUGGGGCCAGUACUAAGUCAUCAGCAGUGAUGAUGUACUAAGGUUGUGGGAAAAUUAACACUGAAAAACAAACAGUCUGCACAAGUGUUUAGGAGUGGAUUGUGAGUCUUAGUGCUAUGAUCAUUUUUAAAAAAUGUACAUGUUUUAAAUCUUUUUUAAGUACUGUUGCCCUUCACAUUUAAAUUCAAAAGACCACUGUGGAAAGAUGCACUCCAGGACUUAGUGAUCAAAUCCUAUUUUUUCAGUUGCUGAUUUUUAUAUUUUAUUUGCAAAACAGCCAACUGUAUUAAAUAUUACAGUUUCGAUUACUUGCAAUUCAGUCACUUUUACUUUGAUAAGAUGGAAUUAAGAUGGAAAUUUAUAUUUUGAGAAGUAAUAUCUUUAUUAAUCCUUUUCUCAUUCGCACUUUAAGUUUGUCAAGAUUCCAAUAUUGUGUAUUUUGAUUUUCUACUCAAAAUAUGGGUGAGUGUUUUCAUGAAGAAUGCUCUUAAGGUAAUAACUAAAAUCUUGUAAUAUUGUCAUGUACCUACACACCCAUGCAUAAAUAAACGAUCAUGCAGAGAUUCA